ACAACCAGGCAGCAGUUAUUAACACGGGAACAUGGCGGCCGCAGCCUGGGCUCCCGCGGCGGCGGCGAAGGUCAGCGCCGACGGCAGCCGGCACCUGACGGCGUGACGGCCCCACUGAUUCCUCUUGGAUUUGGCUUCAGAUGAACAGAUCUUCUGCACUGUGUACAGGCACAGUUGCUGAUAUGUGUUCAAGAUGAGUGGGAUGGGAGAAAACACCUCUGACCCGGCGAGGGCAGAGACAAGGAAGCGCAAGGAAUGUCCUGACCAGCUUGGACCCAGCCCCAAAAGGAGCACUGAGAAACGUAAUCGUGAGCAGGAAAAUAAGUACAUAGAAGAACUUGCAGAGCUGAUUUUUGCAAAUUUUAAUGAUAUCGACAACUUCAACUUCAAACCUGACAAAUGUGCAAUCUUAAAAGAAACUGUGAAGCAGAUUCGCCAGAUCAAAGAGCAAGAGAAAGCAGCAGCUGCCAACAUAGAUGAAGUGCAGAAGUCAGACGUGUCCUCCACAGGGCAGGGUGUCAUCGACAAGGAUGCGCUGGGGCCUAUGAUGCUUGAGGCCCUCGAUGGGUUCUUCUUUGUAGUGAACCUGGAAGGCAACGUGGUGUUCGUAUCAGAGAAUGUGACGCAGUACCUAAGGUAUAACCAGGAAGAGCUGAUGAACAAAAGUGUCUACAGCAUCCUGCAUGUCGGGGACCACACUGAAUUCGUCAAGAACCUGCUGCCAAAGUCCAUAGUGAAUGGGGGAUCUUGGUCUGGCGAACCUCCCAGGCGGAACAGCCAUACCUUCAACUGUCGGAUGCUGGUGAAGCCUUUACCUGAUUCAGAAGAGGAAGGCCAUGAUAACCAGGAAGCACAUCAGAAAUAUGAAGCUAUGCAGUGCUUUGCUGUGUCUCAGCCCAAGUCCAUCAAAGAAGAAGGAGAAGAUUUGCAGUCCUGCUUGAUUUGCGUGGCGCGCAGAGUCCCCAUGAAGGAAAGACCAGCCCUUCCCUCAUCAGAAAGCUUUACCACCCGCCAGGACCUCCAAGGCAAGAUCACUUCUCUGGACACGAGCACCAUGAGAGCCGCCAUGAAGCCGGGCUGGGAGGAUCUGGUGAGAAGAUGCAUUCAGAAGUUUCACACACAGCAUGAAGGGGAGUCUCUGUCAUACGCCAAGAGGCAUCAUCAUGAAGUUCUGAGACAAGGAUUGGCGUUCAGUCAAAUCUACCGUUUUUCUUUGUCCGAUGGCACUCUUGUUGCAGCACAGACGAAAAGCAAACUCAUCCGUUCUCAGACGACUAACGAGCCUCAGCUUGUAAUAUCCUUACACAUGCUUCACAGAGAGCAGAAUGUAUGUGUAAUGAAUCCGGAUCUGACUGGACAAGCGAUGGGGAAGCCAUUGAAUCCAAUUAGCUCUAGCAGCCCUGCCCAUCAGGCCAUGUGCAGUGGGAACCCAGGUCAGGACAUGACCCUCAGUAGCAAUAUAAAUUUUCCCAUGAAUGGCCCAAAGGAACAAAUGGGCAUGCCUAUGGGCAGGUUUGGUGGUUCUGGGGGCAUGAACCAUGUAUCAGGCAUGCAAGCAACCACUCCUCAGGGUAGUAACUAUGCACUCAAAAUGAACAGUCCCUCACAAAGCAGCCCCGGCAUGAACCCAGGGCAACCCACCUCCAUGCUCUCACCAAGGCAUCGCAUGAGCCCCGGCGUGGCUGGCAGUCCUCGCAUCCCACCCAGUCAGUUUUCCCCUGCAGGAAGCUUGCAUUCCCCUGUGGGGGUUUGCAGCAGCACAGGAAAUAGCCAUAGUUACACCAACAGUUCCCUCAAUGCACUGCAGGCCCUCAGCGAGGGCCAUGGGGUCUCCUUAGGGUCAUCGUUGGCUUCACCGGACCUAAAAAUGGGCAAUUUGCAAAACUCCCCAGUUAAUAUGAAUCCUCCCCCACUCAGCAAGAUGGGAAGCUUGGACUCCAAAGACUGUUUUGGACUUUAUGGGGAGCCAUCAGAAGGUACAACUGGACAAGCAGAGACCAGCUGCCAUCCUGGAGAGCAAAAGGAGCCCAAUGAUUCCAGCAUGCCCCAGGCAGCCAGCGGGGAGAGGGCCGAGGGCCACAGCCGGCUGCAUGACAGCAAAGGGCAGACCAAACUCCUCCAGCUGCUGACCACCAAGUCCGACCAGAUGGAGCCUUCCCCCUUGCCCAGCUCUUUGUCAGACACAAAUAAGGACUCUGCAGGGAGCUUGCCUGGGCCUGGGUCCACGCAUGGCACCUCUCUCAAGGAGAAGCAUAAGAUUUUGCACAGACUCUUACAGGACAGCAGUUCCCCUGUGGACUUGGCCAAGCUGACAGCAGAAGCCACAGGCAAAGAGCUGAGCCAGGAGUCCAGCAGCACAGCACCUGGGUCAGAAGUGGCCGUCAAACCGGAGCCAGUGAGCCCCAAGAAGAAAGAGAAUGCACUACUUCGCUAUUUGCUCGAUAAAGAUGAUACUAAAGAUAUUGGUUUACCGGAAAUAACCCCCAAACUUGAGCGACUGGACAGUAAGACAGAUCCUGCCAGUAAUACAAAACUCAUAGCUCUGAAAACUGUGAAAGAGGAGGUGAGCUUUGAGCCCAGUGACCAGCCUGGCAGCGAGCUGGACAACUUGGAAGAGAUUUUGGAUGAUUUGCAAAAUAGUCAGUUACCACAGCUUUUCCCAGACACAAGGCCAGGAGCCCCUGCUGGGUCAGUUGACAAGCAAGCCAUCAUCAAUGACCUCAUGCAACUCACGGCGGACAGCAGUCCUGUUACACCUGUUGGAGCCCAGAAAACAGCACUGCGAAUGUCACAGAGCACUUUUAAUAACCCACGACCAGGGCAACUGGGCAGGUUAUUGCCAAACCAGAAUUUACCACUUGACAUCACAUUGCAAAGCCCAACUGGUGCUGGACCUUUCCCACCAAUCAGAAACAAUAGUCCCUACUCAGUGAUACCUCAGCCAGGAAUGAUGGGUAAUCAAGGGAUGCUAGGAAGCCAAGGAAACUUAGGGAACAAUAGCACAGGAAUGAUUGGCAGUAGCACCUCUCGGCCCACCAUGCCUUCUGGGGAAUGGGCACCACAGAGUUCGGCUGUGAGAGUCACUUGUGCUGCUACUACUGGUUCCAUGAACCGGCCAAUCCAAGGAGGCAUGAUUCGGAACCCAACAGCCAACAUCCCCAUGCGAGCCAACAGCCAGCCUGGCCAAAGACAGAUGCUCCAGUCUCAGGUCAUGAACUUAGGGCCUUCUGAACUAGAAAUGAACAUGGGGGGACCUCAGUAUAAUCAACAGCAAGCUCCUCCAAAUCAAACUGCCCCGUGGCCUGAGAGCAUCCUGCCUAUAGACCAGGCAUCUUUUGCCAGCCAAAACAGGCAGCCCUUCGGCAGCUCCCCUGAUGACCUGCUGUGUCCACAUCCUGCAGCAGAGUCUCCAAGUGAUGAGGGCGCUCUUCUAGACCAGCUGUAUCUGGCCUUGCGGAACUUCGAUGGCCUCGAGGAGAUUGAUAGAGCGCUGGGGAUCCCAGAACUGGUCAGCCAGAGCCAGGCUGUGGAUCCGGAACAGUUCUCAAGUCAAGAGUCCAACAUGAUGCUGGAGCAGAAGGCCCCUGUUUUCCCACAGCAGUAUGCAUCUCAGGCACAGAUGGCCCAGGGUAGCUAUAAUCCCAUGCAAGAUCCAAAUUUUCACACCAUGGGUCAGCGGCCUAAUUACACCACACUCCGUAUGCAGCCCCGACCAGGCCUCAGGCCCACAGGCCUCGUGCAGAACCAGCCAAACCAACUGAGACUUCAACUUCAGCAUCGCCUGCAAGCACAGCAGAAUCGCCAGCCACUUAUGAAUCAAAUCAGCAAUGUUUCAAAUGUGAACUUGACUCUGAGGCCUGGAGUACCAACGCAGGCUCCUAUUAAUGCACAGAUGCUGGCCCAGAGGCAGAGGGAAAUCCUCAACCAGCAUCUUCGGCAGAGACAAAUGCAUCAGCAGCAGCAGGUGCAGCAGCGAACUCUGAUGAUGAGAGGACAAGGGUUGAAUAUGACCCCAAGCAUGGUGGCUCCUAGCGGCAUCCCAACAGCCAUGAGCAAUCCCCGGAUUCCCCAGGCCAACGCCCAGCAGUUUCCAUUUCCUCCAAACUACGGAAUAAGUCAGCAGCCUGAUCCUGGCUUUACAGGGGCGACGACUCCCCAGAGUCCGUUAAUGUCCCCCCGGAUGGCGCACACCCAGAGUCCCAUGAUGCAGCAGUCUCAAGCCAACCCAGCCUACCAGCCCCCCUCAGAUAUGAAUGGAUGGGCACAGGGGAGCAUGGGCGGAAACAGCAUGUUUUCACAACAGUCACCACCACACUUUGGACAACAAGCAAACACCAGCAUGUACAAUAACAACAUGAACAUCAAUGUGUCCAUGGCAACCAACACAGGUGGCUUGAGCAGCAUGAACCAGAUGACAGGACAGAUCAGCAUGACCUCAGUGACCUCCGUGCCUACGUCGGGGCUGUCCUCCAUGGGUCCCGAGCAGGUAAAUGACCCUGCUCUGAGGGGAGGCAACCUUUUUCCAAACCAACUGCCUGGAAUGGACAUGAUCAAGCAGGAGGGAGAUGCAUCUCGGGAGAGGAACAAAGUGGAGAUGCCAGUCAGGCCGCGACACCUGCGUGGGAAGGCCUGGGCUGCGGCGGCGGCGGCGGUGUCCACCUGGCCCCCGAAUCGAGAGCACUAAUGAGAUGACAGCAGACAUCACGACAGAUCUGACCUCUGCCAUGGGUUUUUUAUUUUGUUUUUUAGCAGUGCUGACAAAGCCGAAGUUUUGUAAGGUACAUAAAAAUCCAAUUUAUAUGUAAACAAGCAAUAAUUUAAGUUCAGAACUUAAGUGUUUUAAUUGUAUAAUUUUGUGAGGUAUACAUAUUGUGGGAUUGACUCAAAAAUGAGGUACUUCAGUAUUAAAUUAGAUAUCUCAUAGCAAUGUCUCCUAAAGGUGUUUUGUAAAGGCUGCCAAUGCCUUGAUUAGACCUGAUUUCUAGACUUAAGACCUUUCGUUUUCUAACCUUGAGAUCUGCUCAUGAAUCAUGUAUCUAAUCUAUAUGAUAUGCAGCCGCUGUAGGAACCACUUCUUGAUUUUCUAUGUUUCUAUUCUUUCUUAAUAAACCUUAGAAAGACUACAUGUUACUAAGCAGCGCACUUUUAUGGUUGUUUUUCUUGCCCACUCUGUCAGGGGAUAACCUUUGUUAAUUGGUGUCAGUUUCAGACAACUGCAGUACCCAGAACUAGGACCUUUUCAAUUCUCCCCGACCCCUGAUACACAUACUUUCUUACCUAAAUUUCAGAAUGAUAUCUUUUUGAUGUCUAAAAACAAAGCAUUUUAUAAUAUCUCAUUAGCCAAGCUUUCUAGGAACAGAGAAGUUUUUCCUUGAAAUUUAAUUGUUUAUUCCUGGCAGGGUGAAAACAUAUAAACUACCCUAUUUAUAUUUAUAUCUCUCUAUAUAUCUACAGAUUGUGGAAAUAUAGAAAGAGAUAUGACCCAAAGACAAAUGGUAAAUCAUCUGAAAGUGUUGCUCCAUGCUAAAGAACUUUCUGGAAAUUUGCAUUUCGAUACCUUUUUCCACUUUGAGAAGAAUGUCAGUGCAGAGAGGUGGCCAAGGAACAGCACUUCCCAGUGGCCACCAGUUCAUGUGUCUACUCAAGGCUCCACUGUUCUCCACCAAACCAUUGGGUUGCACAGCCAUGCUGGCAGAAGGGAGCAGAUGUAGGCCCAGAAGGCCAGGACUUCACCCCAGUAAUGAGGCUCAUGUGCUACACUACUGAAUGUGACCCGUUGUCAGAUAAAUAUUUAGAAAUAUGUGAGGUAGGACAACUUAACUUCACACGGCACAGGAGAAAAUGGAGUUUAAAACACCUUUGUUUGGUUUUGAAUUUUAAAUCCCAUUUCACUCUAACACCAGCCACAAUGUCUCUCUUUCAACAUUCAUCCAAUCGCCCACUUUUUUCUAACGUCAGUCCCAACCAGGCAAGUGUCAGAAUAACCCGUGAUCAUGACGUGAGGAGGAGAGUAAAUUCUCUCACGGCUCCGAGCAGCAGUGCGGUUUAUUUUACAUCUAAGCAGAAUGAAGCGAGUGAAGGGGUCCUCUGAUCAUGUUCUCACAGAAGCAAAUGCCAAAUCACCUCCUGUCAUCAGUAUUUCUCAUCCUAGACACAAAUUUGUACUUGGUUUUUGUUUAACAGAACAUAUAAUCAGUGUUUUCUUAUAGUACUCAAUGUGAAAAACAUAAUGUGAAAAGUAUACACACCGUAACUCCGGUUGUAAAACGCAUUUGAGUGUUGAUGUAACGUGGUAAGUUUUCAAAGUGAAGUGAGCUGUGUUCCGACAGAUCCCUUUGACGCGAAGAUUAGAACAGCCCCCACGUGUAUCUCUUACGACCUGUGAUCAUUGAAAGCAAUGGUUUUGUGCAGUUUAAGAUGCCAUUUUUAAUCUGUGUUUUAAAAUGGAGUUCAUAUGGGUGUGACACAUGAACUGGGAGGCACAGAUCCACUUGCAGAACCCAAAGAUACACAAUCAAUUUUGAAAUGCAACUUAAGCCAUUAACUGUUGGUGUGGAUUUAAAAUUUUCUAGUGUUUGUAUGGUAGUAUGCUGCCUAAGAGCAAAGCAUUCUCUGCACAGAAGAAAAUUAGUGGCUUCGAUUUUAAUUAGAAUUUUCUCCCUGGUAUUUCUUUAUAGACUAAAACAAAAUCUUUUAAGUUUCUUACUACAGGUAAAAGCUAUGUGCAAGAACCUCAAAAUGCUAAAACCUAGCAUAAUGCCUUAGAUCUGUUUUUAAGUCUUGUAUAUUCCUACAUAGCUGUCCAAUGUAUUAUAUUUGUAUAGUGAAUUGUGUACAAUUUUUGAAUAAGUGCAUCAUCACUUACCCUUAUGUUAUUGAACAGUGAUGAUGAUCCAUUUCUUCAAACAUUUAACUGUCAUUUUUUUUUCUUUGUCAUUCGUGGGUUUUAUUUGUACAGUUCCUCAUGAAGUUGCAUCUGAGAUAUGUGUAUAUGAAAAGAUUAUACAAGGGUAAAAUUAAGCAAUAUAUUAACUAUGGUUCUUCAGGAGAAAGCUUACAGUGUUUCAGGUUGUGAUUUCUUUUCAAAGCAGAGUUGACUCUGAACAUCACUUUGUUCAUCUGCAUUGAUGUGUGUAUUUCUAGUGUGAGCAGUUUAUGCAAAGGUAGAUAUAUUCAGAGAAAUUUUAAAUACAUUUAUGCAAGUUACUAUUGCUUUGCUGAUGCUAUUUGCUUAUUUGAUGUUAAAUAAUGCUAUUGUAAAUAAAGAAUCUGUUGUUACUGCAUCAUUUAAUAAAUUUUAAUGCCUUCGGGUUUUACAUGGCUUUAGAGAUUUUAA